AUGAAAAGAAGAAUGCUAUUGCUAAGCGCAAGGGUGCUGCUUGUGCCGCUCCUGCGCGUUCAGGCUUUUUACAACGAUAACACGUCAAGAUGCCAGUUGUAUGGAAUAAGCUACGCAGACUGCCUUGGAUCUGUUUACAGGCCCGCCUCUGCAUAUGACUCGUACAUUAAAAGCUUCAAUCUCCCCAUACACAAAGACGAUGCGUGCCUGUACUCAAUAUGCAAGAUGGCCUUAAUGAACACGGGAAGCGAGAGAUACAUAAGCAUUGCACAGAACGCGCAUCCUUCUGGAGAGUGCAUAUGUCUGGGCGCUGCCUCCUGUGGAUGCGAGGUUGCUGCCGUUCCGGCUCCAGAAAUAAAAACCGUGUUCGCGCUGCCAACCUACCGGAUUCCCGAGCCAGAGAAGAUAAUGGUCACAAGAACGGUGAGCAAAACAAAAACCAUAACUGUAAAGGUGACUGAAACUCCAUCAUAUGUGGAGGGCGACCAAACAUUGGUGGAGAGCUUUGACGUGCCGGUUGAGCGGUACAUAUCAGGCAAAACGCAUCCAACACCGGGCGAGAUGCUGUUAGAGCUCACGAAGAAGCUGGACAUGCUAAACAGCAAGGGAGGCCUGACAAGCACAGAAAUGCCUCACCCAUCGCCCAUCCUUCCCCCGAUGCGCGAGAACCUGGUGCAGCCACCCAUGCACUUCCCAGACCUCCACCCAAACGGGAAUGUCAUCACGAUUCCAUACUCCACCGUCACGACAACAGUCCAGAAAACAGUGCCUGUGUACAGCACGACUGUGAGAACACAGUAUGUUGUAAACACGGUGGACAACUACAUAACCGAGACAAUCACGAAGACCCAGGUCAAGACCGAAACAAAAACAAAGACGGCCACAGAGACAAAAACACUCACGGAAACGAUUAGCGACCAUGUGGAGAGAACAAAGUUCAGCACAGUCUAUGUCCCCAAAACGACAACCAUAGACAAGGUCUCCACAUACACAAUGGAGGUUCCAAAGACCGUCACAAGCAGUGUUACAAAAACAAUCACGCAGAGCGUGGCUCCCACCAAAGAGGUAAUUAUUCCUUCGGCAAGGCCUAUAAAAAUCAAGAAACGGGUUCCAAUUGUGCUGCAAACCAAUUCCAGCCCCUCAGCCCCUCAGAAAAGCAAAUACUUUAUUGUCAAGAAGGAAAUAAAGAACAAAAUGGUGUGCAAAGGCGGAUGCACAAAUCCAAGCACUGUUUUGUCAGGCGAGUGCCCUAUCGACGCAGCGGGGAGCUGUAUGCUGGCGCAGCAGCCAGGAUUUAGGCCAGCGACUCCUGUGAAUAAGCUGGCGCCAGAAUGCAAGGACGUACCCUGUAUAGACACGGUAAAAACAGUGUAUGUAAAUGCCAUUCCCACCCCGGCCCCCGCCUACACAGCGUAG